UUUCUACUGCGCAAUGCUCUGCUUUAGAUAGAUGGGAAUCGGCAUCAGGCACCGAGGUUAAGUACCCCAAGGGAAAAAAAACAGAUGGAGGCUAUUGCUUUUGCAUUGCAACACUGAGUGAGAUGAUUUGGGGCACUCGGUAAACUUUUCCCCCCCCUCCGUUCUCUGCUUUCCUGCUCGAUGGAGACCCCUCCUGUAGAGAUGCUAGCAGGCUGCAGUCUAGCGGCAGCAGCUUCAGUAACACGUCCCCUUGGAGACUAGCAGCAACACGUGAUGCGUCUCCUUAUCUGCUUUAGAGACCCGGGGAGAGACAGCGUGAGACUUGGGGCCGAAAUAAGUGAGACUUGCAAGCCCCCCUCCCUCCCCCAUCUCUCGACUCCUUCCUCCCAUCUUCCUCGUUGAGGAAGAGCACAGAAAAAAAGAGGAAAAUUGAGAGUUGGCGAACUUUGCACAUCCUCAGAAACGCCAUUUUGAUUCCUCUCCGGAACAAGUUUGCAGUUUUUUUCCCUCCUCCCCCCCCCCUUCUCAGUCCAUCACUGCUCACCAUCAUCACUAUGUCUAGGCGCAAGCAGCCCAACCCCAACAAAGUCAGACAGAUGGAGAACGAGGACGCGCGGCUGGGAGUCGGGGUCGCUGUGGCGCUGAGCGCGGAGCCAGGCCCAUCGGGAGACGAGGAGGAAAGUGGGUCCGAGCGGCAGGAGGAGGAGCACACAGGAGGUGACGGCGAGGAGGCUGAGCGCUCCCCGGCUGGGGGAGGUGGGGAGGAGCAGCCCCCUGUGAAUCCCACGACGGCACCUACUGUCCAGAUCAAUGGGAACUCCAACACGCCCACCAAGACCCCCGUCAAGUCGGCGGCCCCGAACCGCAUGCUAAGGCGGACCCAGGAUGCCAGGGACGACACCUCAUCCUUCAUCUGCCCCUUAUGCGACAAGAACUGCGUCACGCAGCACCAGCUGACCAUGCACAUCCGACAGCACAACUCGGACAGCGGGACCACGGACCACUCGUGCAGCAUCUGCGGAAAGUCGCUGAGCUCGGCCAGCUCCCUGGACCGGCACAUGCUGGUGCACAGCGGCGAGAGGCCCUACAAGUGCUCCGUGUGCGGACAGACCUUCACCACCAACGGCAACAUGCACAGGCACAUGAAGAUACACGACAAAGACCCCAGCACAGGCCUGAGCACAAGCCCCCCCUCCCCCACCAAGCGACGAAGGCCUUCCGCCAAGAGGAAGCCCAGCCUGGGUGAUGAGGGCGAGCGCACGGACGAGCCCCCGCAUAAAAAGGGGUCCGAGGAGAGCCAGGCGGGUGAGUGGGGCAAAGGCGGGGAUCUGCAGCCUUGUCCCAUCUGCUUCAAGAGCUUCUUGUGCAAAUACGGCCUGGAGACGCACAUGGAGACCCACCCUGACAGCACACUCAGGUGUGAGGUGUGCUGCAUCACUUUCCGCACUCACCGAGGUCUGCUGCGUCAUAACGCCGUCGUCCACAAGCAGCUUCCCACCGACCCUGCCGGACGCCCCUUCAUCCAGAAUAAUCCCUCCAUCCCACUGGGUUUCAGUGACCUGGCCUUCAUUGACUUCUCCUGCAGGAAGUUCCCACACAUCGCCCAGGUUUGGUGUGAGACCAAUCUCCGCCGAUCUACCAGCAAGUUCCAUCGCUUUGUGUGUGAGACCUGCAACAGGGCCUUCCCCCUUCAGUCCGCCCUCAAUCUGCACUUGGCCACUCACGACGCCGGACAGAGUGAUUCAAAGGAAGCCCCGGCCAAUCCCGGCAGUGAAACGCCGCCCACCGCUAAGAAGGCCGGCUUCAUGGAGUCUCUGGGCCUGCAGCACAUUUCCCAGAUGAAGCCAGAUCAGACGGAUGAGGAGGCCCAGCAAGCUGUGCUGGACAGCAUCCGGGUCAUCCGCGUGGAGCCAACUAUGCCCAGCCUACCUCAGGAGCCCAGUGGCAUUGCCCUUCCCCUGCCGGACCCGUCGUCACUGCAGGGCCUCUCCCAGGUGAGUGCCCUGAGCUUCCUGUCGCUGCAGCCCUUCCAGAAGGGCUUCAUCAUGCAGCCCGACAGCGGCAUGGUGGUCAGGCCCAUCAGCAACGAGAACGGCGUCGAACUGGCUGAUAUUCAGCAGAUCCUGAAGAUAGCCUCCUCGGCGCCCAACCAGAUCACCCUACCGCCGCUCUCCAAAGCCCCGAGCAACUCCACGCAGACUAGCUGCAAGCAGAUGCCCUCGCUCAAGCCAAAGCCACUGGUGGCCCCACGCACCAGCCUGGCCACUUCCACUCCACCCCCGCUAAUGAACGCCCAGCAGGCCUCUCCGUGCUGCAUCAGCCCCAGCCUGCCACCCCCCACUAACCAGCUGCUCCAGACUCCGGGGGAGUCCUCUUCCUCCUCAUCUUCUCCUACCAGCGGCUAUGACUGCACACAAGACAGAAGCGGAGAGAAGACCCAGCUCAACAUGGACGCCUUGACACCCAUGGAGGCAGGGAACCAGAUGGUAGUGUCCGAGUUGAAGGGGAUAGGUGGAAGGAAGCCGGGGCGCAAGGAAGCUUUUCCCUGCCGCUUUUGCGAGCAGGUCUUUGGCUCCGCCAGCGUCCUGCAGGCCCACAUGCGCUUCCACAUGGGUGCAUCACCCUAUCAGUGCCGGAUCUGCGACUACGCCGCCCCUGACAAAGCCACUCUGAUCAGGCACUUGCGCACGCACAGCGGCGAGCGGCCUUAUGCCUGCCGCAUCUGCCGUUAUGCCUUCACUGUCAAGGCCAACUGCGAGCGGCACCUGCGCAAGAAGCACAUGAAGAACACGCGUAAGGAGAUCGAGAAGAACAUUGAGUAUGUGUCCGGCGACUCUCCAGACUCCGUUGGUGGCGAGACGCUCUGUGGCUACUGCGGCGAGGACCUGAAGAGCUACCGGGCGCUGCAGAUCCACUUGCGCACGCACGGUGGCUGCCAACGCAAGCCAUUCGAGUGCCGGCGGUGUGGGGCAGCCUUUCUGGCUAAGAGGAACUGCAUCCACCACCUGCUCAAACAGCAUCCUGAGGUACAGGAGAGAGAGAUCGAGGAGCACAUCUCCACCCUACUCCUCGAUCCUCCCUCCGCCCAAUCGCCGGUUGCCCUCCCUCAGAACAGGCAGUUCCCUCAGCCAAUCAAGGUAGAAGAGAUCGGUUUCUAUGCUGGCGACCCAGACCAGCCACUGGACUUCUCCAGUAAGGGUCGAGGAGGUCCCAUGGUCAGUCCUUGUGGGACGAAGCAGGAAGGGGUCCACCCGCCUCUGCCUGCCUCUUAUGACACUUCCUUUGAACCUAUUGACCUCUCUAUCCCCAAGAAUCCCGAGAAGAAGUUAAAGAGAGACAUUGCUGGUAUGCCACCUACCGUACCUCCAUUGGAGAUCAAGAGAGAGGAGCUGUCCCCUGGCACCAACCAUGUCCGACCCCAGGAUAAAGCCCUGGGUGAGAAACCUCGUCAAUUUGCGCCAUACCAGGUGUCCCUCGUGCCCCCCCAUACCAACGGACCUCUCAGUGCCAGUCGCCCACUGAGGCUCAAGCCCUUGCUUCCCAAGCCAUUCUCAGCUCCUACGUCCUCUAAGGAGCUCCCUCCGCUGGCUUCCAUCGCACAGAUCAUCUCUUCCGUGUCCGUUGCUCCUGCUCUGCUCAAGAGGGAGAGUGCUCCCAGCAGCCCUGGGGGUGGACUAGAACUGGUACCAGAGAAGGGCACUGGUGUCACUGGGCUCCAAAAAAAUCCAGAGCCACCCAGUAAGCAACAGCCCGAGGGAGAAGAUGGUGCCAGUAAUGGCUCUGUAGAUGAAUCUUCUCCAGAAAUCUCCAAGAAGAGAGGCAAAGCAAGGCCCAGCGGUGGCGGUGGCGACCAUCACACCACAGAGCCCGGCGACAUCGAUCUGGAGUCCAGCGGAGAGUUCGCCAGCGUCGAGAAGAUCCUGGCCACCACCAACGCCAACAAGUUCAGCCCAUAUCUGCAGCCCGAUGCAGCAAUAGCAGAGGCCUCCUUGAAGGAGGAGGCAAAGAGGCCUUCCACCAGUGAGGACGAGAAAGACGGCCAGGAUGACAAGCAGCGGCCGCGGUCUCAGACCAAGGGCAAGAAGAACGCCUACUCCAACUCCCUACAGAAGAUGACCUGCUCUUACUGCCCACGUGUUUUCCCUUGGGCAAGCUCCCUCCAGAGACACAUGCUUACACACACAGGUCAGAAGCCGUUCCCCUGUCCCGAAUGCGACGCCCUCUUCUCCACCAAGUCCAAUUGCGAGAGGCACCUGCUCCGCAAGCACGGUAUGGCCAACCGGGCGCAGACGCAGCAGAAUGGCACCACGUCCAAACCCAAGGCAUGCGAGGGCUCGCCGGAGAGUGCAGAGAGCAUGUCGGACUCAGACCCUGCUACCGGGGAAGCGCUUGACCUGAGCGGCACUGAGUCCAAUAAGGGGAUGGCUGGGUCCAAAAGGCCUGUAACUGAAGAACAAAAACCAGAACCCACUGCUGUAGACCGACCUGUCCACCAGGGGGCGCUAGAGCAAAAUGGAGGGUGUGCUGGGCCACAGUGCGGCGAGAGCCACCCUAAUGAGAAGGACGACGACUCACAGAGUAACAAAAGCUUGGACUUGAACUUUGCCAGGAAGCUAAUGGACUUCAAGUUUUCUGAAGAAGAGCAGCAGCAACAGCCACCACUGCCAGGAGGGGGCAGUGCGGGCCUGGAGAGCUGCAACCAGGAAGAAUCAAAGCACACGUGCGGCAGCUGUGGGAAGAGCUUCCGGCACGCUGCUACCCUGGUCCGCCACCAGAGGGUGCACGCCUCAGAGGGUCAGGAGGAGGACAGCAGGAAGGUGGUGCAGCGAGUGGCGGAAGGCAGUCAGGGCCCCGGCACUAGUGCGGAGGAGCAGCAGCUCGACAAGGAGAGGAAGGAGAGCGAGGGAACGGGUAGUGCCGGCGACAGCGGCUCCGAGGAAGAGGAGAAAGAGAAGGAUGACAGGAGCGACGAGGAGGGCGGGGCCACAGAACCAAAGAGCAGCGAGGGGGAGUCCGGAAACAAAGCCGACAAGAGGAAGAAAGUGUGCAGUGUGUGCAAUAAGCGCUUCUGGUCACUGCAGGACCUGACCAGGCACAUGCGCUCCCACACAGGUGAGCGGCCUUACAAAUGCCAGACGUGCGAGCGUACGUUCACGCUGAAGCACAGCUUGGUGAGGCACCAGCGGAUACACCAGAAGCCCCGGGGUGAGGAGGCGCAAGGCGGCGGCGGCGGUGGGCUCGCCGGGGGUACGGCCGGCGAGGAGGAGGGGGCCAGCGGGCGUUCAGGCAGCGAGAGCGAGUCCACGCUGGGCAGUACCAACCCCUCCUCAGAGAACGAAAGCGAGGGGGCGGGGCCUGCACAACCUGGGGGGCAGGUGCAGCGGGAGGUCCUCGGGGAGGAGCAGGCAGAGUUGGGGCCUCCCCAGGAACUGGUGGACCAGGCCGCCGAACCUUUAGAGGAACAGUCUGACGAUGCCCCAGGCAGCACAACAGCGCCCUCUGGAGGCUACAUCGAGGACCUGCUGGAGCGCCCCGACAAGCCACCGUCCCUGGAGCACAUGUUGCCCUCUGGAGAAUCCCCUAUAGUGGGGGUGGAGUGACAGGAACCAUGUGAGAACCCGUGCCAUACAACAAAUGCCUUUUGAAUGCAACAAACUGUACUAAAUGGAAACAAAGCAAAAAGACUUCCUGAUUCUGAGUGCCUUACUACUACUUUGAUGAGCUCACUAUUUGAUGAGCGGCGUAAUUUUACGUAGCAUUUUUAUAAUUUUUUUUUUUUUUUUGUCACAACUUUGAUUACGAAAAUUUAAGCAUUAAACAAUCGAGUGCAUCUUCUUUAGGGGACAAUGUAAACAAGUACUACGGCGGUGCUUGUCUUAGCAGGAGCCUGCGAGUUCCUGCCGCAUGGGGACACUAAGGCUUGAAUAUGAUCACUUAACUGGAAGAACGGAACAGUCACAUGGUCUCAGUGGACUUCCUGUUCCCCUCCCCACUUAAUCCUCAGCGAGCGUUUUGGGGUCGGGACAAAGCAAAGGAUGUUUUAUUUUCUUGUGAGACUGAAUAACUGCGCUGGGUUAUUAGACACUUAAAGACACCCAGGAGAGCUGAUCGUUAUUUUAAGGUGUAACUGAAAGCUUCAUUCUUUUAAACUAGGUACUCAUUCUACUGACUCUUCUUUUAGUAGAGACAUGGGCAACGCUUCUCUUGAGUUAUUUUAUUUUAUCUUUUCCAACUCACAUCUGCACACUAGAUCUUCCGGCUAUACUGACAUCUGGCGUGCUCGAAAAUGACAUCGCUCAUGAGCUGAGUGGGUGGGGCCUGACUGGCCUGUUUUCCCAUGCGUGGCCCCAAAUGUUCGGCAGAACAUCCUGCUUGUCCGGCCGAGUAACGUUCCAAUGAUCUCCAAGAUGUCUUCCCAACUCCCUUCCGAUCAAAUGCCUUACACGGGAAUUUUGGGAUCACCAGCACGGUGUCCUAGACCCUGUAUGUGUGAGAUGGCACCACCCAGAAAAUUCCCUCUGUACUUGAACGUUGUUCCCUGCUGUCCUUGUUCUGGGGGUGGUGUUACACGCCCCUUGGCCUUUUUGGGCCUCCUCCAGGAGGAUUCUGACCAGCAUCAUAAUCAGCUCAGAGGCUAGAUUUUGUUUAUAAUUAUCUUUUUGACGUAUGUAUUUUUUUUUUUCCAAAGGAACCUCAGAAACGAAAUGAACCUCAAGGUGCAAAUCCGCUAGAGUAGAACAGACGUUCCCGAGUCAGUAAACGGAGAACGUUUUUUCCACGUCGGCCAGCACUGUGUACCCAGUUUUGAAAAUCUCGAAUCUGGCACUAACCAAAAUAACCACGACUGCAAAGUGGAAAGCAGGCGGGAGAGAAGCAGGUAGCUCGCAAAAUGAGAUGUUUAGAAUGAACGAUGUGUGGUUCUAGAACAGGUGAUGGGAAGGCUGUCUCCUGAUCCGUCUGAAUUAAAACCCCACUUCCUGUUGCCGCCUUUAUUGGAAACAACCAAUGAGCAGCUGAAACAACACAGGGUGGAGGUAUGUAUGUACUCUACCCUAUUCCGCCCAUACAGGAACUGCGAGUAUGCAGAGUCUUGUCCAAUCACUGAGGAGUGUGAAAUUAUAGCAUAAAAAAUCUCCACCUAUCCCAUCACCUGCUCUGUGGAGUAUGUUUCUAUGCAGAUAUGAAUUACAGUAAAGCAGCUGACGCUGAUUUUAAUAUUUAUUGAGGACCCAGAGUGUGGUAAGAGGUUAUUUGAGAAGCCAUUGAUCACAUUUAUGCCACAAAGAAAAACCGUAGUCUCCCAGUGACAACCUGAGACUCGUCUUAGCAAUAAUCACUAUUGAUUCUAAAGCUUUAUUUAGACCUUAAUCUAUGUUUGUAGGAAGUGUGGUCUAUUUUGUUAAUAUUAGUUUGACAAUUACAUGAAUAUAAAUAUAUAUAAAAAACUGUGAAAAGUUUGUGUUCAGUAAUGGGUGACUCAUAGGCUAGUUUUGCAUGAUAAUCUAAUUACUUUUUCUUUUUAAUCAUUUUUUCCUUUCUCAGGGCUUUUACAGAUUAUGCAUAUUCAAUAUUUUCUCUAGUAAAGAUGUCUUCCAAUUUGUGAUUUUUAUAAAUAAAAAUUUCAAUCACUACAUUCAGCACUUGACUGUGAAUUCAGAGAGAGGAACAAGCUGGAGUACUCACUCAGCCAAGGGCGCCCCCUAGUGUCUUGCCUCAUUUAUGUCUAGCACCGUUUUCAUGACUAUGGCACAGUGACUUUUUGCCUGUAUUCUUCCCCUUGGCUUUUGAGAGAGUGAGGAGGGACGAGCGCAGCGUCGACCAAUGGGAUGGCUCGUUGUAUCACUGUUGAAGUACUGACCGUAUGACCGCUAAAGGGAUCUCCAAACUGCUGCUAUUUCACACCGGACAGGUUCUGUGUCUGCCCGGCCAGCACCAGCUGACCGCUGGCACCCCAGUGCUCCUCCGUAUCACAUUGUACGGUGCUUCCGUUUCAGAGUAAGCUGUUCUGUAUUGGAAUCAUUAAACUGAAAAUAAAACAUUAAAGAUGGGUGUUAAAACACAA